AUGGAGGAUACUGAAGCGUCGACGACAUGGCAGCAUGCUUUUAUUGCCAAUUGCGGCGCAAAGUCUCAUGAACCGCGGCCUGAAGCAAGCAGACAUGCACCCUCCUGGCAUGCUGCUACAAGCAAAGUGGUCAAACGCAGCAUCAAGCGUGCAUACAAACGGGCUGUUGCCCUGGGUACCACAUGGUACCGUGGCAGAUGCUACCGACCUGAUGAUUUUCCCAAAGGUCUCCAAUAUCAUGGUUCUCCCGACUUCAUCAAGCAGACCUCCAAGAUUAACCCAACGCUGACCAAAUGUCACCUGAACAACCAAGAUCACCGUCGGGUCAAUGUCCUCACCUGGAACCCUGGAGGACUUUCUGCUGCAAAGUUGGAUGAAGUGAAAACCUGGAUGUUGAUUCAGAACGUCAGCAUAGCCAUCUUGCCUGAGACACAUUGGACCUAUGAGAAUGAGUGGACAGACGACCAUUGGCAUCAUAUCCACACUGGUUCUGCGUCUCAUCGUGGUAUGGGUAUUUUAUGUAUCCUUUCUAAGAAGCUCUGCUCACAGAAUGAUAUCCGCUGGCUCCCUGUGAUUCCUGGAGAUAUGAACUGCUCCUUGCCCCAAUUGCAAUCGCACAGUGGGCCCCGGGAGUUCAAGUGGAAAGGUCUUCCCUUCACAGCGGCACAGCUUGAGCGGGCAUUGAGGGAAAUCCCAGCCGUGGUAGGUCUUCUUGCGUCCAGGGCUCUCAAAGAGGCCUUUCCAGAUUUGGCCCAACUGCCUUCCUGGGCCUAUAUGCCCUUUCGAUCUACUCAAGAUGCUUUGCUCAGAGUAGGCCGUGGCCUACGCCAAGGAUGUAAAGCCGCUCCAUUUCUUUGGAACUGUCAGAUCCAUGCCUUUUUAAGUGAACUUGAACGCCGUACCACAACACAAUGGGUGCGUAUUUGUGUGAACUUUUAUGCAGACGAUGGACAGAUGGGCAAUACCUUUGACUCAAUUGAAACCUUGCAACAGCUCAUGAAGAACCUGUGCAUUACCCUGGAACUGAUGACAGAGUUUGGCUUGACGAUCAACCCACAAAAGUGUGUUGCCUUGCUCUCCAUCACUGGCAGCUCUUGUCGACAGAUGCGUAACUCCAUGAUCUGCCGACACCAGGGCACUGACUGGCUGAAAAUUAGUGCAGAGGAUCAUCAAAGUUUUCAGUUUCCAAUUGCCACCCAAGCGAAAUACCUUGGUACCAUCAUGUCACAUGCCAGGUUUGAAGACAGCACCACAAAGCACCGCAUACAGCUCUCCAAAAUUGCAUUUGGCCGACUGCAUCGCUGGCUCACAGGUUCUGGGGGUUUGACGACACGCCAAAGAUUGAAAUUGUGGUCCACCUGCAUAUAUCCUGUACUCAGUUAUGGACUCUGCGCCAUUGGCAUCACCAGCACAGGUCUCCAACGGAUACAACAACAUAUGUACAUGACCAUCAGGCAGCUCUUGCGUGAUCAUGCAUACCUCACAGGCCACAGUCACUUCCAGGCAUUUUGUUUGCAGAACGUCGAUCAGCCCGUUGCAUGGUUGUGGAAGACUGCAGACGGUUUGCAGAGGUCCGUUGCCCAAAGACUCACCAGGGUCUAUGACACUGACAUCAUUCAAACCCUUGACUGGACACACCUGGAACAUCUCAAGCUUUUUUUGAUGGCCCAGACAGCACAGAAUGUACGGCAUGCACCAGGCCCGGAAGUGUCCCCUGCCACUGCAGCCACAGAGGUUCUUUGUGCUGGCCCUGCUGAGUGCUGGACUGAUUCACGACGUGUGCUCCAAGCUGAUCCUGCUCUGCCAGCGACCAUGUUUGCACCGCAGCUGGAGGCACAGGCCGAGACAUCCAUCACCAUCAGAACAUGUGAUAUCUGCAACGAGACCUUCUCCACGCCAGAGUUGCUCAAUGCGCACCUUGUGCAGGUAGUUGCAGUGCGUGACAUUUGGAAACAAGCACUUUGUUCUGGACAGCUGGCCAAUAUCUUGCGUGACCCGCACAACAGAUUACAGCUGACCCUUCGGUGCCAACACUGUGCGCUUCGAUUUCAUAGAGCCACGGACAUGUCAGGACACUUGAUUUCUGCGCAUUCCCAGUUAUGGUCUGCGGCUCAGGGUCUCACGCAGAUUCUUGUAGCCCUCCUGUAUGAGCAAACAGGUUGCUUAUGCAACCCCAGCGUCACACAGGCACGUGCCUUUCACGUGUGUGUGCCGCUGCGCCAGCUUUCCAUGCUGUUCCUGCGACUCCAAGAUGUGAUCCUGUUUCCUCAUACCCCAACUGAUGCUGAGUUGGCAACCCUGAUGUCCCAGAGAAUUGAACGCUCCUCACGAUUCAUGAUGGAACGACUCCUGACAGACCAGCAGCUUUCACAACUCUGGACCAAUGAUGCGGUUAUGGCAUUGCUGAGGGACACCUGCCUUCUCUGUGGAGAUCAACAUGGGGCUGCAGACCUGCUGCGAUUUUCCUGGCCAAAGCUGCACAUGGCAGACACGGAAAUGGGAGCGUUCGGGGAAGCAGGAGAACAGAUCCUGGCGGCCUUUCAACACUUGACGCCGAUGUUGGACAGCAGCCUGAAGCUGACACAGAACGCCCAUCCCAAGCGCCAAAGAAAAGGAAAUCAGCCGCCGGGCAAUCAAGAGCAACCAGAUCACGUCAUGGAGACCAAGGGCAAGAUCAACCUGGCAAGCGCCAUGACGCUCAUGGCCAAGCUUGCCAUCCAACUCGAUCGCGAGAUGCAGCUGCUGAAGAAAGAGGACACUUACAUCUUCUUUUUCGCCAACAAAGAGAACGAGGGCAGUCUGCCUUUGCUGGUGAAAGCGACGGAAACCUGGGUCCAGGAAGCACAGGCCCUCAAGGAGAAGCCCCAAACUCAGCAACUGCCACCGCUGAGACAGAGAUUGGCCUUGGUCCUUUUUCAGACCCUGCAGACCAGGAUCAACCAAUUGGGGGAGGCACCGGACAAUUCAGACAUCAAGAAGGCGGCGAUUCACAACAAGGUGUUGCUGCCAGACCAAACAUGCCCCUACUUGGAGUGGAGCCACGAGCAGAAAGCCCUGCAGGUGAGCCAGAAGAAGCCGCUCACUCUGAAACGAGUGCUUUUUCUUUGCAACGACAUGCUGGAGGCCCUUCAGGAUCCCAACAUUGUGGUGAGGUUCCAUGCCCUUCCGAGCACGCCGAGCUCCGUGGCCUGUCCCUGGAAGAUGCAGGUCAGUCUUCGGUCCGACCAACCAUGGCAGGCGCUCCAGGAGAUGUCACAUCUGGCCAUUUGGCUCUUGGUGGGGUGCAAUUUGAAGCAGCACAGCCUUCACCAGAGCUCCCUGGCCUUCAACUUGCAGCGCACUUUGCAGCUCCCCAGUCACACGCAGGGCAAAGGGAAGGGCAAGAGCAAGGGCAAAUCGCAGAAGGGAAUCAAGGCUGAGCCCAGCUUGUGGACACAGCAAGACUCUGCUGAGUUUGUUUCUCACUGGCUGCUCCAGAUGGGGUGCAACGCUUUUGACAUGCGCUGGGAACGCCGGUAUGAACAAAAUGGAUGUAUUCAUGUCGCUGACAGCAGUGCCAGACACGUUCCUUUGCAUUUGCAGUUUGAUUCCAUGUAUGCCAACCUGACUCAAUGCAACUUGACCCCUCUGUUUCGUUUGUGGUGCCAGGCCAAUGGCAUGAUUGCUGCAUUGGUUGAAGCCCCGGUGUGCCUAUGCGUGCAUCUGGAUCGAACACACCAGGAUGAGAAUGGACACGUCCGACAGAGUGAAUGCAAAGUGCAGGUUGAUGAUUUUUGCCUUGUGCCAAAGUUCAUAGAUGCAGAGCGGCGGACAGAGAUGGUAGAAUAUCGUAUCAUUGCACUGACGGCACAUGUGGGAGAAGAUCAGGCAGGACAUUAUCGCUCUGCCCUCAGAAUUGCUCCUUCGCUUCCGCUCCAGACAUUGCCUGCAGAAUGGCUGCUGACAGAAGACUGGCAACGCCCAUCACCAGUUUGGCACCUGCCACAUUGGCUCCGCCGCAGUGCAACGAUGUACUGGAUGAUCAGAUCCGAUUGUGUCCACCUGCUGCAAUAUACCAAUCCAGGUGACCUCAUGCAAGAUCAGACAGCACAGAUUCUUGCCCUGCUGCCACUGCCUACAAAUGAGAACACCAAUGACCGAAAGACAUGCGAUGAACCCUGAG